AGCUUAGCAAACAGUAAAUACAAUGGAAAACAAAGAGUUUUUAGAGUUUAUCAACAAAAAAAUUGAUUUAAACAAUAGUCAAUUGGCUUAUAGUAUACUGAAUGUCGACGAUUUGGUCCUAAAAUAUCGACAAUGGUUUCGACUAAUGCCUAAAAUUAGUCCCUAUUAUGCCGUCAAAGCUAAUCCCAGUCAACAAUUGCUUAAAGUGCUUAUUGAACUGGGAGUUGGAUUUGAUUGUGCCAGUCAGUAUGAAAUGCAACACUUGAUAGGAUUGGGUGCCAAACCCGAGUCAAUCAUAUUUGCUAAUACAUGCAAAACCUGGUCAUCGUUGAAAUAUUCGCGCGAUUCCGGUAUUAGACUAAUGACUGUCGACUGUACGGAUGAUUUGUAUGAUAUCAAGUCUAUACAUCCCGAAGCCAGCCUACAGGUCCGUAUCAAAGUAGACGACACGGAUUCAAUAGUCAAACUGAAUGAUAAGUUUGGUCUCCGAUUGGACGGUGUGUCCGAUCUGUUGAUGACAGCCAAACAACUCGGUUUGCAGGUAACAGGUGUAGCCUUUCAUGUGGGUAGUGGCGCACAAAAUGCCCAAUUGUACGACCAGGCUAUUGCCAGUGCCCGACAAGUGUUUGAUUUGGCCGCAACUAUAGGCUAUAAUCAGAUGACAGUACUGAACAUUGGCGGCGGUUUUCCCGGUAGUACUACUAGUCAAUCGCCAGACAAUAGCGGCUGCGGUACUACUAUUGAACAAAUAGCUCGUGUAGUCAACCGGGCUAUCGAUGACUAUUUUGGCGAUUAUGGCGAUAGACUAUCAAUUAUGGCUGAACCGGGCACUUACUUUUGCGAGUCAGCCGUAACACUACUGACCAGAAUAUUAUCGAAAAAGUUGGUAAUCGAUGGACAAAAUAAUAUCGAAAAAAUUAUGUAUUACUUGAAUGACGGCGCUUACGGUUCGUUCAGAGAUUCAAUUUAUAUACAGAAAACCUAUAAACCCAUACCAUUGCUGGCAUCGGAUGAUAGUCUUAAGCGGAAAAACUAUAACAGUAUACUAUGGGGACCGACAUGUUGUAGUCGGGACUGUAUUCAAGAUAACUGUUCAAUGGUCGAGAUGUUUGCCGGCGAAUGGCUAUUGUUUGAUAAUAUGGGCGCCUAUACUGACAACUAUGGAAACUAUGGGUUCAAUGGUAUACCUAAACCAUUGUGUUUAGUGUAUACCCGUAAUAAAUAAUUAACUAA